UUCCGCUCAAAUUUAGCAAUGUUCUAUUUGGGUGGGGGUCAAUUCUAUCUUUUUUUUUUUGUAGUCGUUAGUCAGCAUAAUGCUUCUUGACCGUGUGCUCCUGAAGCUGAAGGCUUGGCUGGCUUUCACUCUUGUGACCUUUUUUGAUUAUUUUGUUAGAGAGAAUUUUCCACUUAGCGACUUAUCUUUGCUUGUACUGACAAUAAUCGGUAUUCUCGUUAUUGGAGUUUUGGUGCUGAGAAAUUGAAGAUGGCUAACAAAUCUGUUGAAAUGAUUCUUAGUGCUAAUCCGAUGAUGGUAGAAAUUGUACUCUGGGGGACUUAUUAAUGUUAUGGACAUCACGAAUUUCUUUUAAGGAUAUUUGUGGAGUUUCUCGUUCGCGGAUUGCUAGUACAUAAACAUGGAGUAGGGUGA